UUCCCUUCUUGGCGUUCACAUCGAGAGUGACAGCAGCAACAAGUGAAAACCAAACGUCCAAGGAUCACAGCAGAGUUCGGCCAAAUUCCAAGAGCAAAUAGUUACCACAAUUAACAUCAGGAAUCGUCGUCUACAGUUCGACACAUUUCUGUUCAACGCCUGGCGCCAGAUUUGUCUAAUUUCCCGACGCCAUUUAAAUUACCGGCAAUUUCCAGCCCAUCCCCCAAGCAGACAGUCGUAGAAAACCGCACGAAAAUGAUGAAAUUCGUACAGAUUCUGUUGUGCUAUGGCCUGCUCCUGGCUCUGCUCUUCUCCGUUAGCGAGGCCCGACCCUCCACAGCCGAAACAGGACCCGAUGCCGAUGGACUGGAGGGACAGGAGGGUGAGGAUGUGCGCGGCGCCUAUGGUGGAGGUUAUGACAUGCCAGCCCAGGCCAUCUAUCCCAACAUACCCAUGGACCGCCUGCAGAUGCUCUUCGCCCAGUACAGACCCACUUACAGCGCCUACUUGAGGACCCCCUCCUAUGGCAAUAUGAAUGAGCUCUAUAGGCUGCCCGAGAGCAAGCGUCAAGUGAGGUAUCGGCAGUGCUACUUCAAUCCCAUCUCCUGCUUUAGGAAGUAAAUCCAUACCUCGCCGGAAGUGAAUCCGUGUACCCGAAAGAACCCUUGGAUAGCACAUUAACAUUUCAAGCAUUUCAAACAAAAAAACAAAAAGAGAAUAGAG